UCCAAUGUAAAAAAAAGAAAAAAAGAAAAAGGAAAAUCCUUGGGAAAAUCUUGUUGGGGACAAUUGGGAUAAUAGGUUUACUGGAAAAUUAAGGCAGUAAAUUGCAGUUGUUCCCCAAGUACCGUUUGUCAAGCAGGUAGUAAAACCCUGGUUCUAAAACCCUGGAACCAAAACUAGUUAGCUUCUUCCUUCUUCCACCCAAAACUCCAACAUAAGCCAGAAAGAGGGAAAGAUGCGAGCUUUUCUCCGUCUCUGCCACCUCCGCCACUUCUCCACCACUGUUUCUUCCUCCUCCAUUUCCAUAUCACGAGCCAAAGCCCAACUCCGUACUGAAUAUGACCCGGACAAAGCCCUUGAAAUCUACUCCUCCGUCUCCAAACACCAUUCCUCCGCUUCCUCGUCCCGCUACGCACAGGAGGUCACCGUUCGCCGCCUCGCCAAGUCGCAGCGCUUCUCUGACAUCGAAUCUCUUAUUGAGUCCCAGAAAAAUGAUCCCAAUAUCACCCAAGAACCCUUUCUAUCCACCCUCAUCCGAUCUUAUGGCAUCGCCGGUAUGUUAGAUCACGCAAUCAAAACCUUUCAUCAAAUGGACCAAUUGGGUACCCCCAGGUCCGUCGUUUCUUUCAAUUCCUUGCUCACGGCGUGUAUUCAUUCGGGGCAAUUUGACAAGGUCCUCCAACUGUUUGAUGAAAUUCCAAAGAAAUACGCAGUGUCGCCUGAUGAUGUUUCGUAUGGUAUUUUGGUUAAAUCUUACUGUGAAGCGGGCUUGCCUGAGAAGGCCCUUGAUGCCCUGUUAGAAAUUCAGGAGAAAGGUAUGGGUGUCACGACGGUGAUGUUUACCACUCUAUUGACUGCUUUGUAUAAAAAAGGGAAAAGCGAAGAGGCUGACAAGUUGUGGGAUGAGAUGUUGAAGACUGGGUGUGAAUUGGACGUUGCUGUGUAUAAUGUGAGGCUCAUGAAUCUGCAAGGCAGUAGGCCAGAAAGAUUGAAGGAGUUGAUCGAUGAGAUGAGUAAUAUUGGGUUAAAACCAGAUACCAUUAGUUAUAAUUAUCUCAUGACCUGUUAUUUUAAGAAUGGAAUGAUGGAGGAGGCUAAGAAGGUAUAUGAGGAAUUAGAGGGUAAUGGGUGUAACCCAAAUGCAGCAACUUUUAGGACUUUGAUAUUUUAUUUGAGUAGGAAUGAGGAGUAUCACAAGGCGUAUAAAGUGUUUAAGAAGAGUGUAAGUGUGCACAAGAUCCCGGAUUUUGACACCAUUAAGCUUUUGGUGGAGGGAUUGGUGAAGAAGGACAAGAUGAAGGAGGCCAAAGGAUUGAUCAGGACGGUGAAGAAGAAGUACCCUCCCAACUUUCUGGAUGCCUGGAAGAAAGUUGAGGAGCAGCUCGGUUUGGUUUCUUUUAAUGCUACCCAAGAUGAGGCUAAAAGAUGAGAGGAUAAAGAUUGUGGUAGUUGUUUAUUUGGUGCUGAGUUUGCUGUAUUCACCUGAUCUGCAGCUGCAAGUGAGUUUUUAUGACUUGUGAUGGAGCAUGCGGGGUUAGUUGUGUUUAAUUUCACUCAUUGAGAACUUGAUUGGUGUUAGAAAUGGUUUACCAGCAUCAAUUUAACUAGAUUGUUAGAAAUAGUGUUACAUUAUGCCCCAUCCUUGUAGCAAAGGAAAUUGUUAGCCUUUGUAUUAUUAUUUUUUUCUUAAUUUCAAAUUGCAUAAAGGAGAGACAAAUCA